GACGCGACCGUUCGACGUGAGCUCCGCCGCCAUGUCGUUCGGGUCUGCCGCCUACAGCAUAGACUACGCCAACGCGAUUACAAAGCUGGACCCGCAGCUCUUUCAGCCACAGCGCCUCUCGCUCCGCGUCCAGCCGCAGAUGCACGCGCGAGGUAUCGUGAUCCAGCUCAUUGCGCAGCAGUGCACGGUCUUCGCGCUGCUCGUGCACAAGCUGCGCCUCGCCGUGCUGCCCGACGCGACCACACGGAUCGGCAUCAUUGGCGGAGGUCGUGUUGGCGUCGAGAUUAGCCAGGCGCUGUUGGCCAGCGGGUGGCCGCCAACGCUCAUUGCGAUAUCCACACGGCAGCCAGAAGACCCUCGCUGGAUGGCGCGGGUUGACGCCGCUGUCGCGCGGUACCACGACAAUGCGAAACUCGCGCUUGAGAGCGAUCUCGUGCUUCUCGCCGUGCCCCCGUCGCAGUUGACCAGCGUGGGGAUCCAAGUCAAACAUACGCUGGGCCAGCCGGCGUCGAUGCGGAUCCUUCUCACUGUCCUCGCAGGCGUCGAGCUCGACAAGGUGAUGAAAGUGUGCGCUUGCCCAUGCGCGCUCCAUACCCGCGUGCACCCUUCGAUCGUCCAAGACGUCGACCUCGCGACGAUGGAUACGGCGGCCCUCGCCGCAAAUCACUACGCGCACAACAACUCGGCCGGUCUGCGGGAUCUCUGCCUCCGCUUUGAGCAGUUUGCAUUGCGCCUCGGCGUCGACGAGCGUGUCGCACGCCGCGUCGCCGUCGACCUCGUCUUGGGCCCGUCCCGUCGCGCCCCCUUUGAUACUCCGCUUGCAUCCAGUGCGUUGUGGCACCAGUCCUGGGACGAUCUGCUGUCGACGACGCAGCGACUAUGGAGCGGUGCCAUCGACCAGGUCGAUGUCCCAUAUAAGGCAGAGAGCUGCUCGGUCGCCUUGCCCGAGACGCUGGGACACCCCGUGUAA